ACUGAGGCGCAGCUCUGACAAAAUGAAGACUCCAAAGUUUCUUCAGACUGGUGUGAGGUGAUGCGCGCGGACCCCAGUGAGUCGGAAGAUGACAGAGUGGAAUAACAGUUCGUGGAACCGCUCCACGGCGGGACCAAACCGGUUCAGCAGCCUGGAGGACAUAGACAUUCCCGCGGAUGGCUCUCCCGCGCUGCGAAUCCUCAUCUCCAUCGUUUACAGCGUGGUGUGCGCCGCGGGGCUCGUGGGGAACCUCCUGGUCCUGUUCCUGAUGAAGGCGCGGCGCGGGCGCAAGAAGCGCUCCAGUAUCAACCUGUUCAUCCUGAACCUGGCCGUGACGGACUUCCAGUUCGUACUGACGCUGCCGUUCUGGGCCGUGGACACGGCUCUGGACUUCAGCUGGCCCUUUGGCGGCGCCAUGUGCAAGAUCAUCCUGUCAGUCACUGUCAUGAACAUGUACGCGAGCGUCUUCUUCCUCACAGCCAUGAGUGUCACGCGGUACUGGUCCGUGGCUUCUGCGCUCAAGGACCGCACACGGCGGCGCGUGUGCCCUGUGCGGUGGGUGAUCGUGGGACUGUGGGUCUCCGCCACAGUGGCCUCGCUGCCCACGGCUGUGUUCUCCACUGUGCGUAACGUGGCGGGGGAGCGCUUGUGUCUGCUCGGGUUUCCUGAUGGACAGUCGUGGCUCGCGCUGUACCACCUGCAGAAGAUCCUCGUGGCUUUUGUGUUCCCCAUGCUCAUCGUCACUGUGUGCUACUUGAUGCUGCUGCGUUUCGUGCGCACCCGGAGCAUGAACAACAACCAAGUGAAGCGGCGCUCGCGCGUAACGCGCUCGGUCACCAUUGUGGUGCUGUCCUUCUUUAUAUGUUGGAUGCCAAAUCACGCCAUCACUUUCUGGGGGGUCCUAGUAAAGUUUAAUGUUGUGAACUGGGACCGUACGUAUUACAUGGUGCACACGUACGUGCACCCGCUCACCGUGUGCCUCGCGCACACCAAUAGCUGCCUGAACCCGGUGCUGUACUGCCUCAUGCGCCGUGAGUUUCGAAAAAAGUUGAAGGAUCUGUUCUGGAGGAUGUCGUCACCUCCAGGCGCAGGCACGUGCCCCCUGCGGCCUUUCUCGGGCACAGUGCGCGCGGAGCCAGAGGACACGCAGGUUGUGAUCCCGCUGCAUCACGUGGACACGGAGAACUGCCGUCUGUCUGUGCUCACGUGCGACACUGAGGCGCUCCCAAAGUGACUUUUAAAGACCUGGGUGAAACUGCUGCCUCAUGCGCGUGACACAGACUGAAGCGCACGCGAAGACUCAAAUACUUCUCGUCUCUGCCUCAAACGGAUUUAACUGGGAUCAGGUGUUUGCGUGGCACACUUCGUGCGUAAAAGCGCCUGUGGACCGUGCGUCCUCGGACUGCACAUGGCACAGCGCACGUUGUUUUGUGUUGGGAAUGUUAAUUUGGUUUUAUACUUUAAAAGAUUAAAAAAAAAAAAAAAAAAGAAGCGGGACCCGGUUCGAGGCACGUGGAGCCCUCAUCCAGGCGCGCGCUGCUGUGACGUCGUCUUGUGGAUUGUCUCGGUGUUUGUUGUGACUGGUGUUUCUAAUGUAAAGCUUGAGUCGUGAAUGUAAAAAUACCAUGAAAACCUUAAAAGGAAAAUCUAUGUGAGCGCUGUCCCUCAUCUCAGCAUCCUCUCCACGUCUGUCUGCACACAAGACACGCGCUGCUGUCCAACAAACAUGUGCUGCUCACUGGUUUAUUACAGACGUUUACACUGAUCUGUCUUUGUUCACGAGGAGAUGGAUCGCCCUGUUUUCAAACCAGCCACACCAUUUUGUGCAAAGGUAGAAACGUUUCAGAGGUGGUCACCUGGGCACUGUUUUUCAACAUUGAAAGUCUUUUUCCAAAAUUUGAUUUGAUUGACUUUUGUUUGACAUGUCCUGAUGACUUUUACCUUUGAAACAUGUUCUACCUCAUACAAACAAGCAACCACAAUCAUUUUCUGCAAAUGAUUCAAAAGUUCAGAUGUGGCACCAUUUCUCCAGUUAAGGCAGUACAGCUCACUCAAGCAGUCACUAAAGGUUAUUGCUCAGCUAUAAAAGAAUAGAAGUCUAUGAGUUUUAUUUCAGAGUGUAUUUUGCUAUCAACAUUGUACUUUGAACUAGGGGCCUUUUGGACAUUGUCUGCUGUUAUUUUCGGGCUUAUAAUGCACAAUUUAAUGAAACCUGUGUUACUGCCCCUCUGUUAUCCCCAGAGAUUUUCCUUAAUGAACAGAGGUGGGUAGAGUAUCAAUCAAUCAGUCAGUGAAUCCAUCAGUGAAUCAAUAUCACAAUAUUCACCGAGGCCCAGUGAAAGCACACCGAGCAGUAAAGUGGAGUAAUUAUACAAAGCUCAUACACAGGUCUUAGUUCAGCUAAACAAAUCUGUUUUAUAAUUUAUGUGUUCAAAAUAUGAAUUAAAUCAUUCACAGAUCCUGGUAAAAAAUAAAAAUUUAAAAAAAGACUAAAACGAAGGUGAGGAGUAAGAAGCUCAAAUGUUCAGAUCAAUUCAUGUCUCACUAUAAUAAGUUUUGGCGACUUACUCAUAGUGAGAAUUGUCACCAAAACUGAAAUAACUUCAAACCAAAUAUUACUCAAGUAGAAAUAAAAGUAUGGUUUCAGAAAACUACACCCUGAAAAGAACAAUUUCAAAAAGUGACUCAAGUAGAGCACUCCCCACCUCUGUUUGUGAAAUGUACUGUUUUACUGUAUCACUAACGUUCACUCGCUGUUAUGAAAAGUUAUUGACUUGCAUUUAAGGAACUGUUCAGUAUUUUGCACAGAGAACAUGAGGACAGUUUUGGAAGGGCAUCUGGCCUAAUAUUGUAUACACAAACUAAUGUACUUUGAAUUUAGAAAAUGUUUUGGGACACUAUGUGUUAAAAUGAAUGGAGAUGAUGUCCCUGUCAGCAGCAUUGUCCCUGUGCUUAUUCAGGCUGACCAUUGGGUUCAUUCUGUUUGACAUAAUGCACCCUCCCCGCACAUGUGUUUUCUUCUAAAUAUAAUGUGUGCAUUUGAAUGUCGUGCCAUAUAGCUGCAUUUUACAUCUGAAAAUAGAUCAGCUCUGAAUGUGUGGAGCUGCUGUAUCACACUCUUACGUUUGGUGUCUGGUGUUUCCUAAAAGCUACAGUACUUUUCCAAACAAUAUUUUUAAACAAUGAACCAGCUCAUGUCAAUGUACAUUUGAUCGAUUCAAACUAUUUUCUAAUUUCAU